AAAAUGAGUAAACAAGUGGAUGAAGAUGAUGAUGACAGUGACCCGUUCGAAGACUUCACGGAGAACUUUAACCAACUUGAACUGCUGGAGACACACAGGCAUUUGAUUCCUGUAGGAACUCAGAGCUGCUGGUCAGGACAGUCUGAUGAUGAUGAUGAUGAACAAGAAAGAAGUGAGGAAUGGUACGAAAUGCAAGAGAAGAAAAUGGAAAAACAUCCUGAGAAGUUGCUGCUCUGGGCAGCUGAAAACAAUCGGCUGAGUACAGUAAGGAGGCUCCUGACAGAAAAGCUGGCUCCUGUUAAUGCCCGUGACGAAGAUCAGUACACCCCUCUCCAUCGAGCUGCCUACAGUGGGCACUUGGACAUUGCAUACGAACUGGUGGCCCAGGGGGCCGACGUGCACGCACAGACGGUGGAUGGCUGGACACCCUUGCACAGUGCCUGCAAGUGGAACAACACCCAGGUGGCUGCCUUCCUGCUGCAGCAGGGCGCGGACAUCAACGCGCAGACCAACGGUCUGCUGACCCCUCUGCACAUUGCUGCAGGAAACAAAAACAGCAGGGAAACCCUUGAGCUCUUGCUGAUGAAUCGCUACGUGAAACCAGACCUGAAGAACAACCUGGAUGAGACUGCCCUUGACAUUGCUAGGAGGACUGAUGUGUAUCACUACCUUUUUGAAAUAGCGGAAGACUGCAUAAACGCUGUGUCCCCUUAAAAGCUGUGGUUAAGCUUGUGAGCCUGAGGUUUGUUGCCUCUUGUUUGUGUUCUGCAUGCUUGUCAGUGGUGGUCUGUCCCUUUGCAGCGAGGUUCACUGUUCUCACUUCAGUGUUCUCAGGCAGAAUGUCACUUCCUGCAGCUCAGCCCAGUGGUCUGACGCGUACUUUUGAGGCGUUACUGCUGUUACUCAAGAUGUUCAGAAAGUCUCAGUAAUUCCUGUGAGUUUCCAUUUAAUUAGUGCAGAUUUGGAGGGGCCUUUGUAAUUGGGCUGCACUGUCAAAGCUGGAGGGAAAACUGGAAUGUUUACUUGAUGUGAAAGAAUUCUGGCUUGGUUAUGCAGAGUUUACUACAGCUCACUUGAAAAUUAUUUUUUGAGAAAUUUUAACUUUUUUAAAACUGCAUGAGAGCUCAGAAUGAAUGUAACUUAUUUGGGUGAUACACAAAAUGUUUAAUGAUUCUGGUGUAAGGCUUACUGUAAAAUAAAAUCCUUAACCCAAA